AUUUUAGGCCUUGAUGAAACAAAUCUAGCUAACUUCGGCUCUGAACUGGAACGAGAACAUCGUAAAGCUGAAGGAGCCUUAGAGACAGCAUGGAAUUAUGAAAGUUCGCCCAUAGGUCAUCAAAUUGGUAUGUGGAUUUGGAGAGUUCAAAAUUUCAAUCUUAUAAAGGUGCCUGAAAAGCAAAUGGGCUACUUCUACGAUGGUGACAGUUAUGUUAUUCUUAAGACAACCAAGAAGGAAAAUACAGAUGGUUUCAUGCAUAAUAUUCACUUUUGGCUCGGAAUGGAAACAAGCCAAGAUGAAGCCGUUCUUGAUACGUAUGCUACUCAACAUCGUGAAGUUCAAUUUCAAGAAUCUUCUUUAUUUAAAAGUUAUUUUCACACAUUAACUUAUUUGAAGGGCGGAUUUGCCAGUGGUUUUAAUCAUGUUGAAGAAGAAGAAAGCAUUCCUACACGUCUUUUGAAAGUCCAUCGGCCCAGACAAUUGGCAGGCUCACGUACCAGAGGCGCUGUUGUAAUUUCCGAAGUCACCCUCAGUUACGAAAGUCUUUCUUCAACUGAACAAGGCAGAGGUAGCGGUGAACGUGAAUUUUUUGAGGCGUUAGGCUCUAAUGGCCCCAUUUCGGAUGAAGAAGAUCAAGACUCCCAGGAUAAUGAGCAAGCAGAGGAUAUUCUAAGUAACAGGAAAUUGUUACGUCUCAGUAGUUCCGGACCUGUAGGUUUGGGACAUUUGAAAUUUGAAAUGGUUGCAGAAGGCAAAAUUACAAAAGAUAUGUUUGAUACCAAUGAUGUUUUCGUAUUUGACGUUGGACAUCAAGUCUAUACAUGGAUUGGACGCAAUGCCAGUCGUAAAGAGAAGAAACAUGGCUUGGAAUAUGCACAGAACUAUAUUAAGAGUCGUGAAGGAAGAUCUGCUUUUACACCCAUUUGUCAGGUGGUUGAAGGUGGAGAAGAUGACUUAUUUGAAUCUAGUUUAGAAGGAUGGCAAGGAUGGUAG